AUGAUCAAUGGAGGAUUCGCAGGAGGGAAAAUCUCCAAAUCAUCCUGCAAAAGACACCUUAAAGAAGUAUACUAUGUCGGGGAAGGGGACAGGUCACCCGACCUCCCCACUAUCGCCUUCACCAAAGAAGACACCGCAGGCAUCAUCCCUGGACAUGAUGAUCCCGUAGUCAUUACCAUCAUACUAGCUAAUGCCAACCUCCACCGAACACUAGUUGAUCUGGGAAGCUUCGCAAACAUCCUAUUCAAAUCCGCCUUCUACAAGCUCGGACUACAAGAAAAAAGGCUCAAAGCAUAUCCCAACAGCCUGUUCAGACUAGGUGACGCUCCAAUCCGGCCUCUCGGGAACAUCCCACUGCACACGACCUUUGGAAAGGGAACCCGAUCCAGAAUGCUGAGCAUAGACUACAUCGUGGUCGACGUGAACUCCGCAUACAACGCCCUCAUAGGCCGGACGACCUUAAAUCAGCUCGUCAUGGUAGUCUCCAUUCCCCACGUAUACAUGAAAUUCCUGACCCCGGAAGGCAUAGUCACCAUAAAAGGAGAUCAAAAGCUCGCGCAACGCUGCUAUAAUGAAAGCCUGAACCUUAAAGGCGACCCCAGAGGAAAAGAAACCAAUACCAUUGAAUUCGGAAGAGCCUGGGCUUGCGAAGAAUUUUGUCCUCAACCAGAAGGCGAGACCGAAGAGGUCCAAAUCGGAGACACCAGAGAUAAAACAACAAACAUCGGUGCAAACUUAAAAGAAGACCUAAAGGAGCUACUAAUAAAGUUCCUAAGAGAAAACUCUGACCUCUUCGCAUGGAAAGCCGCAGACAUGCCCGGCAUAGAUCUCGGAUUAAUGUGCCACAAACUGGCGGUGUACCCUGGAUCCCGACUAGUGCAGCAGAAGCACCGAAAGCUCGGACCCGAAAGAUCACAAGUCGUAGAGGAACAGGUACAAGCCUUACUAGAGGCAAGGUUCAUAAAGGAGGUUAAGUACCCACUAUGGCUGGCCAACGUCGUACUGGUCAGAAAGCCAAAUGAAAAGUGGUGGAUGUGUGUAGACUACACUGAUCUCAACAAAGCCUACCCAAAAGACCCCUACCCCCUUUUGAACAUCGACACCCUAGUCGAUGCCUCGUCGGGAUACAAGUACCUCUCCUUCAUGGAUGCUUACUCAGGGUAA